GCAGCUUUCAGGGAGAUUAUUAAGUUUGUUACAAGAAUGGGUGAUGAGCUGCUGAUAAUGAAAAACAUGAACCUGAAACAAGGGGAUAAAAUCAAAAUCAAAGGAGUUGUCAAGCCAGAUGCUAAAGGGUUUUCACUUAAUUUGGGAUCAGGUGAUGAGAAUGUGGUCCUACACUUCAACCCACGCUUUGAUAUGCUUGGAGAUUACAGAACUAUAGUAUGCAAUUCCAGAGAAGGUGGCACUUGGUGUGAAGAGCAACGAAACACUAAUUUCCCCUUUGAAUCCGAAGAGGAGGCUGAAAUAUCUGUCUCGCUUAAGGAAGGUUGCUUUGAAAUUAAGGCACAAGCUGAAGAGAUGAGCUUUCCAAAUCGUAUGCCAGCUGAAAAGAUAAGCAUGCUUUCCAUUCAAGGAGACUUUAUUGUGAAGUCCUUCAAAAUUGAAACCUAAUGUCAAACUUCUGGAUUAGUUCUUAAACAAGUUUAAGCAUAAACCAAAGCCUCCAAGCAAGCAUUUAUUUACAGGACUCUUGCACAUCAGGUGGAUUGUUGUAGCACCUUUGUGAAAUGCAUUUCUUUUACUUCUAAUUGUAUUUUCCAUGCAUCUGUAUUUGUGACUUUACUAGCAGUGUCCUGUAGAGCUAAAAGUUUCUUAAUUCGUUUUCCCACCUUCUGCUAAGACCACUUUUUGCUAGAGCCUCUCAUUUUGGUUGCCAGCUUCUAAACUACAUUUUUUGGCAUUCUGUCUCCAGUGCUGCCGUUCUUUUCCCUGCUAUUUAUUUUAUGGUGUGUAAUAGGACCAUGUCGCCCCCUUUCCUCGUCUACUUCAAAUUCUCCAAGUUUAUGUACUUGCAUGUUUAGAAGACUUGUGCAAAAUGUACUAUGCACUUUGAUUCUUGCAAGUCCACUUCUCAACCCGUGCUCCUGGUUUCUGCCACUCUUCAUUGCUACCACCAUUCCAGUCUAUAAAUAGGUGUUUCUCCCUUUUGAUACUCCUCCAUAGUAUAUUUCUAGUGCUGUGGACUUUGAGUGCAUAUGCCAUCACCUUUAACGCUGAAGUUCUAUUAUCUAUAGAAUCCAAUUAUCUGUAGGGUUAGAAACUAAAUGAAUAUUCUAGAUGCAUCCUUGUGAUGUCUCCAGAUUGCACUUUCAUGAUCUCUGGUGGUAGUUGCAGAGAAUGGUGAAUUGCUUCUGCUCAGGUGCAGGGCUUGAU